AGAAAAAAAAUUGAAGAGACAGCAGAUUGUUUAUAACAUUUUUUUUCUCAAAAAAAAAGAAAAGAAGAUUCUUUAACAAAAAUUUGCUGUUGUUUCAUUAAACAUACAAAAAAACCAACAUUGUUAGUGUCUUGAUUGAACUUCCAAAUCCAAAGUUAAAUUCCAUCGCACAGAAAAACAUUUCGAAAUUUCCCCUCAUAAUUAUUCUCGAAGAUGAAAUAUAUAAACACAUCAGAAGAUGACUUUUCUUGCAACGAAACAAUUAAUGAUCCACCUAGCGAUAGUUCCAAUAAUGAAACUCUCGAAUCAAUUACCAUCGACGAUGACGACGAUGAUGCCAAUGACAAUGAAAAUGAGGCCAGCCUCGAUGCCAACAUGGACGAGAGUGCUCGUUCAUCUAAACAGUUGAGAAAAGCAUGCCGCAAUAGUGGCUUAGCCUAUGUCACUAGUUCGGGCAAAUAUGUGCCUGCUAAAAAGGUUGUUCCUUUGACCGAAUGUCGUGCCAAAUGUAGCACUCGAUUUACUCCCGAAAUACAGCAAGCCAUUUUCAAUGAGUACUGGUCAUUGGGGACUUAUGAAAAACGGGCUGAAUAUGUUGCGUCCAUGAUAACAGUUAUCAAUAAGAAAUCUGUUCGUCCACGAAACUUUGAUUCGGACAGAGAGAAGUAUAGAACCAAAACUUAUUCGUACUGCCUUGAAAUUGGUGGAAAAGUCUUGCCAACUUGUAAAGGAUGCUUUUUAAAGACAUUGGAUGAGUCGGAGGGAAUGGUUAAGACGGUUGCAACAAAGAUACGAUCUGGGCCAUCAGGUCGAUUGUUGUGUAAUGAAAUGAUGCGAACUAAUGAUAGUCCCAGGCAUGGGAAAGUUGAAAUCAUAUCGGCCAGGAGUACACUUCCAUAUUUUUGUACGUAGUUUCACUCUAGCAUCCUAUUAAUCAUCUUUGGCCAUUUCGAUUUGUACUCAUUAAUUUCUCAUUUUUUUUUUAAAUGUUUGUCUUAAUUUUAUUUUUAACAACAAACAAAACAAAAAAAAGUCUGUUUUGCAUUUAAAAUAUUAGAAAAAAAAAAAUGAGGAGUUAUUGAGCUUUUAUGGCUAACAAAAUGGGAAAGUACCUAGGCAUAAUAGUUUUUAAAAAAAUACUAGUUUUUAAAAUAUAACACUUCCGUUCGAUUUAUUUAUUUCCAUUUUAUUAUAACCCACCCACAAACCCACACAAGCCCACUAAUAAUUUUCUCAUACAUUAUUAAUUUUUAUUUUAAUAUUGAUUUAAACAAAAAAGAAAUAUUUUAGAAACAAAAAAUACUCACAUAUAUUUUGCAUUGCAUUGAAAGUUUUAAAUGAAAUUGUUGGAAAUACUAAAAAAAAAAAAAAAAGAGAAAAUUACAAACAUUUUUUUUAGAUUUAUAGUAAUUCUCAUCUAAAUUAAUUGAUUUUUAGAUGUAUUUUAAGCAAUAUAAGAAAAUAAAAAAAAAAAAUUAUUAAAAUGCGUUGGAGUAGGUAUAUAUUAUUAUCAUGUCAUUUCAUUUUGAUAUAAAACCUAGAAAACGCAUCAAGUUCGAACUAACAAAAAAUUAUACCCAAUAAUUGAAAUAAAUAAGUAUUAAAGCAUUCAAAUAAUUGUAC